AUGGAGAUACCAUGCCCAAUCGCCAUAGUCGGGAUAGGAGUGAGACUUCCAGGUGGUGUCGAUUCCGCUUCAUCGUUGUGGGAUUUCCUAGUCAGUAAACGUGACGGUCGAAGUAUAGUACCAUCCAGUCGAUACAAUAUCGAUGGUUUCUACAAAAAGACGAAGGCAACCGGAUCUGUCAUCACGAAGUAUGGCUACUUUCUUCAGGACGACAUAGAUAGCUUUGAUGCAUCUGUCUUUUCAAUGAGCAAGUCGGAAGUCAAUAAAAUGGAUCCCCACCAAAGAAUGCUGCUCGAGGUCGUGUGGGAGUGUAUGGAAAGCGGCGGGCAAACAGAUUGGAAAGGAGACAAUGUAGGCUGCUACGUGGGUGUAUUUGGAGAUGAUUGGAUUGAUCUAUCAACAAAAGAUACACAUAAUGCUGGGCUGUAUGGCAUUCCAGGUACAGAAUCAUUCGCUGUUAGCAACAGAAUCAGCUACGAGUUUGACUUAAAAGGACCUAGUAUGACCAUACGUACUGCCUGCUCAUCCUCGCUUGUUGCGCUGCAUGAAGCGUGCAAAGCUAUUAACAGUGGUGAUUGCAACUCCGCCAUCGUUGCAGGCGCCAAUCUGAUGUUGACACCGACAAUGACGAUAGCAAUGACAGAGCAGGGAGUUCUUUCACCAGACGGUAUUUCCAAGUCAUUUGACUCGAAUGCUGACGGAUAUGCUCGAGGGGAGGGCGUCAACGCCGUAUUUAUCAAACCUCUGAGUGAUGCUAUUCGCGAUGGUGAUCCAAUUAGAAGUGUGAUUCGUGCCACAGCUACUAACAGUGACGGCAAAACCGCUGGUAUGAGCGUGCCUAGCCCAGAUGCACAGGAAGCAAUGAUCCGUCAUGCCUAUAAAAUUGCUGGAAUAAAAGAUUUCGCCCAGACAGGCUUUGUUGAAUGCCACGCAACGGGAACACCAGUUGGAGAUCCGCUGGAAGCUGAGGCAGUAGCUCGUGUAUUCGGAAGUGAGAAGGGCAUGAUCAUCGGAUCUAUCAAACCAAACGUUGGUCACGGCGAAGGGGCAAGUGGUCUAUCGAGCUUGAUAAAAGCUGUUCUCGCGCUGGAAAACCGAAUGAUACCCCCUAAUAUCCAUUACACGCGACCAAACCCUAAGAUUGCGUUUGAAAGUGCCAGACUUAAAGUUCCUGUUGAGAAUACUCCUUGGCCGAAGGACAAACUUGAGCGUGCUUCGGUAAACUCGUUCGGAAUUGGAGGUUCUAAUGCACACGUGAUUCUGGAAUCAGCAGCGCUGCAUGGGGUUGAUCGAUAUUCCAAAUCAUCUCCGAGUUUAGAGCCACAGCUGCUUUUGUAUUCAUCCAAUGACCAGAGGUCCGCCAAUGAACUUGUUCAACAACAUGACGAGUAUGCAGAUUCUCAUCCUGAGUCUCUGCCGGGCCUUGCUUACACUCUCGCGCAUCGCCGGGACCAGAAGUCAUAUCGAGCGUUCAGUGUUAGAAAAACCGAUUCGGUAGCGCUACUAUCCCCUCCGAUCAAAAAAAAGCGCAGUCCGAAGAUAGUAUUAGUUUUCACUGGUCAAGGCGCACAGUGGGCUCAGAUGGGUAUCGACUUACUCACCAAGUUCCAAUCAUUCGCGCAAGACAUUAAGACAAUGCAAAGUGCGUUGAAGAACUGCCCUCAUCCGCCAUCAUGGUCUAUCAUUGGUUGGUCGUCCACCCUUAUGUUGUGUGAAAAUAUUUGA